CUGGAGGAAUCGGGGGGCAACGGGGGGCUCUGUAGGCGGCUCUGGGGGAACUGUGGGGAUUGGGGGACUGAGGGGGACUGGGAAUCACUGGGAGUUACUGAGGGGGUCACUGGGGGUGACUGAAGAGUCACUGGGGGUUACCGGGAGGUGCUGUGGUUUGGGAUGUCUGUGUGUCUGCAGGAAUGUCCCCCAGGUGUCCCUCAUGUCCCCCACAACUAUGCCUGUGUUGCCAUGGGUCUCCCUGUGCCCGCCUCGUGUGUGUCCCCGUGUCCCUCAGGACGAUGCCGGUGACCCUGGAACUGCGGCUCCUCCUGCUGGCACUGGCGCUGCGGGGGGAGGCAGUGUCCCCCUCAGUGUCCCCCUCAGUGUCCCCUGCCACGUCUCCCCCCGAGUCGUGCGGGGCGGCGCUGGCGGAUGUGCUGAGGCGGCUGCGGGAGCUCGAGGGACACGUGCAGGCACUGAGGGGACACUGUGGGGACAAGGGGAGACCCCAGGCCGGGACAGGCCGGUCGGUGCAGCUCUGUGCGCCCCCUGCCGGCGGAGGCUGCGCUUGCCCCGCCCCCUCGGGCGAGGCCCCGCCCCCGGCGCCGCCCCCCGCGUGCCCGCGCGGCUGCAGUGACCAGGGCCGCUGCGAGCGCGGCCGCUGCCGCUGCUUCCCGGGCUUCGGCGGCCCCGACUGCGCCACCCCCGCCUGCGCGCCGGGAUGGGGCGGCGCCCGCUGCGACAUCGAGGUGCCCUGGGUAACACCACGGUUGGCUUCCCGCACCCCAACAUCCCUGCGCAUCACCUGGCCCCAGCCCCUCGUUCCUCCUGAUGGCUACCGGGUGACACUUGUCCCCCUGGAUGACCCUGUGGCCAUGACAACGCACGAACUGCCCAGCUCUGCUGUCGCCUUCUCGGUGACAGGGCUGUCACCGGGCCGCCCCUUCGAGCUGCUGGUCCAGGCCCGGCGGGGGCCGCACCUGGGGGCACCCGGGGUCCUGCGUCUGCGCACAGCACUCAUCCCGUCUGUGCCUCACUAUGAGGGGUCCCCGGGGUCACCUCAGGGCUCCCUGGGGUCCCCAGCUGUGGCGCCAUCAGUCCGAGGGCCCCCAGAGUCCCCAGGAUCCCCAGGGUCACUGGGGUCCCCAGGGUCACAGGUGUCACCCAUAUCACCAGACUUGUCCUUGGGGUCACCUGGGUCUUUGGGGUCACCAGCACCCCACAAGGUUCCAGCAUCUCCAGUAGCUCGAGGGUCCCUGGGAUCCCCAGCACCUGCAAGGUCAUCAGUGUCACCAGAAUCCCCAGAGUCACCAGCAUCACCAGAAUUCCCAGGAUCAUCAGUGUCACCAGAUUUCUCAGUGUCCCCCGAGUCCCCAUUGUCCCCAGAGUCCCCAGAGCUGCCAUGGUCCCAAGAGUCCCCAGUGUUUCCAGGGUCUCCUCCAGCCCCGUGGUCCCCAGUGUCCCCGUGGCCCCCACUGUCCCCAGGCAUCCCCUCCCUGCAGGACCUGGUGGCCCGGCUGUCCACGUACAGUGGAUCCCUGCUCCAGCGUCUCGAGAGCCACCUUCGGGCCACCAACUUCCCACUCCGUGGCAACCAGACAGUGCCAGGGGUGGCCCGUGCCAUCCUGGCCUACAUCCUGCGCCGGCACCCAACCCUUGGGAGAGGACAGGGACCCGCAGGGGAGGGUGGAAACCAGGAGCCAGUGCUGGAAUGGGGGGAAAUGGAUGGGAUGAAGCUGACGGAGCCAUGGAGGGACGUGGGGAAAACAGUCAAAACCGAGCCAGAAGAGCUGCGUCCAUCCCAGCCAGUCCUGGGUGACCUCAGUGUCACCAGCAUCACCCCCAGCUCCAUGCAGCUGCAGUGGAGCGUCCCUGAGGGCUCCUUUGACUCCUUCAUGCUGCAGUACCGGGAUGCCCAGGGCCAGCCCCAGGCCCUGCCCAUCGAUGGCGAGUCCCACUCAGUGACUGUGCCAGGGCUGUCCCCAUCUCACCGGUACCGCUUCCACCUCUACGGGCUGCGGGGUGAGAAGAGGAUCGACCGUGUCUCCAUUGAUGUCAUCACAGCUGCAGAAGAGCCAGAGGAGCUGUCCUUGCCCUCAGAGGAGCCCCAACAUGAGAAAUCCAAAACUGAGGCCCCUGCAUCAAAUGCAUCCCCAGCACGGGCAGCACUGGGGGAGCUGAGGGUCGCCAGCAUCAGCCCCAGCUCUGUGCAGCUGCACUGGAGCAUCCUUGAGGGCUCCUUUGACUCCUUCAUGCUGCAGUACCGGGAUGCUCAGGGCCAGCCCCAGGCUCUGCCCAUCGAUGGCGAGUCCCACUCAGUGACGGUGCCAGGGCUGUCCCCUUCCCGGCGGUACCGCUUCCACCUCUAUGGGCUGAGGGGCAGGAAGAAGAUUGACCAUGUCUCCACCGAGACCAUGACAGCUACAGCAGAGCCAGAGGAGCUGCCCCUGCCCUCACAGAAGCCCCAACAUAAAAAACCUCGAACUGAGUCCCUGGCAUCUGAGGCACCUCUUGUGCAGGCGGUGCUGGGUGAGCUGAAGGUCUCCAGUGUCACACCCGACUCUGUGCAGUUGCAGUGGAAUGUCCCUGAGGGCUCCUUUGACUCCUUCAUGCUGCAGUACCGGGAUGCUCAGGGCCAGCCCCAGGCCCUGCCCAUCGACGGGAGGUCAGACUCUGUGAUGGUGCCGGGGCUGUCCCCUUCCCAGCGGUACCGCUUCCACCUCUAUGGGUUGCAGGGUAGGAAGAAGACUGACCAUGUAUCCACUGAGGCUGUGACAGGCACAGAAGAGCCAGAGGAGAUGUUCCUGCCCUCAGAGGAGCAAAAACAUGAGAAACUUCAAACUGAGACACCCCCAUCUGAGGCCCCCGUGGUGCAGGCAGUGCUGGGGGAGCUGAGGGUCUCCAGUGUCACAUCUGACUCUGUCCAACUGCAGUGGAGUGUCCCUGAGGGCUUCUUUGACUCUUUCACACUACAGUACCGGGAUGCCCAGGGCCAGCCCCAGGCCCUGCCCAUUCAUGGAGGGUCCCGAUCCGUGACAGUGCCAGGACUGUCCCCAUCCCGCCGGUACCGUUUCCACCUGUAUGGGUUGCAGGGCAGGAAGAAGACUGACCGUGUCUCUAUUGAUAUUAUCACAGGAGCUGCAGAAGAGCCAGAGGAACUGCCCUUGCCCACAGAGGAACCGCAGCAGGAGAAACCCCGUACUGAGGCCCCCACAACUGAGGCCACUCCAGCAAAGGCGGUGCUGGAAGACCUGAGGGUCUUGAGUGUCACCCCCAGCUCUGUGCAGCUGCACUGGACUGUCCCCAAGGGCUCCUUUGACUCCUUCAUGCUGCAGUACCGGGAUGCCCAGGGCCAGCCCCAAGCCCUGCCUGUUGAUGGGGGGUCUCGCUCGGUGACAGUGUCUGGCUUGUCCCCAUCCCAUCGGUACCGCUUCCACCUCUAUGGGCUGCGUGGAGGCAAAAGGAUUGACCGUGUCUCUACUGACACUGUCACAGCCAGUGAAGAACCCUUUCCCUCCGAGGAGCCCCAACAGGAGAAGCCCAAAACUGAGUCCCCGGCAUCUGAGGCACUCCCUGCACGAGCGGUGCUGGGAGAGCUGAGAGUCUCCAGUGUCACACCCAACUCUGUGCAGCUACAGUGGAAUGUCCCAGGGGGCUCCUUUGACUCUUUCAUGCUGCAGUAUCGUGAUGUCCAAGGCCAGCCCCAGGCCCUGCCCAUCAAUGGCGAGUCCCGCUCAGUGAUGGUGCCAGGGCUGUCCCCUUCCCAGCGGUACCGCUUCCACCUCUAUGGGCUGAGGGGCCGGAAGAAGACUGACCAUGCCUCCACUGAGGUCAUGACAGGAGCUGCAGAAGAGCCAGAGGAACUGCCCCUGCCCACAGCGGAACCGCGGCAUGAGAAACCCCAAACUGAGGCCCCCACGUCUGAGGCCACUCCAGCAAAGGCGGUGCUGGAAGACCUGAGGGUCUUGAGUGUCACCCCCAGCUCUGUGCAGCUGCACUGGACUGUCCCCAAGGGCUCCUUUGACUCCUUCAUGCUGCAGUACCGGGAUGCCCAGGGCCAGCCCCAAGCCCUGCCUGUUGAUGGGGGGUCUCGCUCGGUGACAGUGCCUGGCUUGUCCCCAUCCCUUCGGUACCGCUUCCACCUCUAUGGGCUGCGUGGAGGCAAAAGGAUUGACCGUGUCUCUACUGACACUGUCACAGGCAGUGAAGAACCCUUUCCCUCCGAGGAGCCCCAACAGGAGAAGCCCAAAACUGAGUCCCCGGCAUCUGAGGCACUCCCAGCAAGAGCAGUGCUGGGGGAGCUGAGAGUCUCCAGUGCCACGCCCAACUCUGUGCAGCUGCAGUGGAAUGUCCCUGAGGGCUCCUUUGACUCCUUCAUGCUGCAGUACCGGGAUGCUCAGGGCCAGCCCCAGGCCCUGCCCAUCGAUGGCGGGUUCCGCUCAGUGACAGUGUCAGGGCUGUCCCCUUCCCAGUGGUACCGCUUCCACCUCUGUGGGUUGCAGGGCAGAAAGAAGAUUGAUCGUGUGUCCACUGGGGUCAUGACAGGAGCUGCAGAAGAGCCAGAGGAACUGCCCUUGCCCACAGAGGAACCGCGGCAGGAGAAACCCCAAACUGAGGCCCCCACAUCUGAGGCCACUCCAGCAAAGGCGGUGCUGGAAGACCUGAGGGUCUCGAGUGUCACCCCGAGUUCUGUGCAGCUACAGUGGAAUGUCCCAGGGGGCUCCUUUGACUCCUUCAUGCUGCAGUAUCGUGAUGCCCAGGGUCAGCCCCAGGCCCUGCCCAUCGAUGCCGAGUCCCACUCAGUGAUGGUGCCAGGGCUGUCCCCUUCCCAGCGGUACCGCUUCCACCUCUAUGGGCUAAGGGGCAGGAAGAAGAUUGACCAUGUAUCCACUGAGGUUGUGACAGGCGCUGCAGAAGAGCCAGAGGAACUGCCCUUGCCCACAGAGGAACCGCAGCAGGAGAAACCCCAAACUGAGGCCCCCACAUCUGAGGCCACUCCAGCAAAGGCGGUGCUGGAAGACCUGAGGGUCUCGAGUGUCAACCCCAGCUCUGUGCAGCUGCACUGGACUGUCCCCAAGGGCUCCUUUGACUCCUUCAUGCUGCAGUACCGGGAUGCCCAGGGCCAGCCCCAAGCCUUGCCUGUUGAUGGGGGGUCUCGCUCGGUGACAGUGCCUGGCUUGUCCCCAUCCCAUCGGUACCGCUUCCACCUCUAUGGGCUGCGUGGAGGCAAAAGGAUUGACCGUGUCUCUACUGACACUGUCACAGCCAGUGAAGAACCCUUUCCCUCCGAGGAGCCCCAACAGGAGAAGCCCAAAACUGAGUCCAA